CAAACCCCCUGCUGAGUUUUACGCUUGAAGCAGAGAGUGUGAGUGAGGAAGAACGGCAGCCCGAGGCAACUUUCGAGUGGAACGUCACAAAAAUAGCUUUCUAUACUGUUCGAAAAUGGCUCAAAUAACGAGCGACGGGGCCGAACAAGAUUCUCAGCCGACGUCGGAUAAAAACGGAACCGGGGAAACAGCAGAAACCGGCAAAGAGGGACAGGCCGUGCCGGACCCCAAACAGGAACCGGGCGACAACAACGAGCACAGAGGAGGAAUGGACGUGAACAGUGGCCGUGGUGCGACCGUGGAGGACGUUGACAACCUGUCUCCUGUUCCAGACGACGGCAAAGAGAGAGCGGUACCGACCGAAAAGAUGGGCAACGACGAAGGGGAACCCGGCGGUAAACUCUCUGAACCGGGGAAAAGUCCCGCACAGGGGAGUUUGGCGAGUAGCACUGAUUCCGCACAAGAGGGCUCACGGGUGCUGAAACAAGAACAAAGAGAGGGAGAGAGCGUGUUCUCCUCCCCGCCUGCCGACAACACAAAGCCUGCGGAGAAAGCCGAGCACGGCACCAAGAUCCGGGCCAGUGUGGAGCUGACCUCGUCAAAUGGAGAGCCGCUCAGCCGGAUGGAUUCAGAGGACAGUAUCGGCAGCACUCUGAUGGACAUGGAGAGCACGGCGUCCAGCGGACGCUCCACACCGGCCAUGCUCAACGGUCACGGUGCGGUGGCGUUGAGUGGCUCGGCACCAGGCGGGGGCAAGUCUCUGAGCUACACGUGCUGCUGGGAUCACUGCCAGCUGCUGUUCCCCAGCAGCCCCGACCUGGCCGAACACAUCAGAGCCACACAUGUGGACGGUCAGAGAGGAGGGGUGUUUGUGUGUCUGUGGAAGGGCUGCAAGGUGUACAACACGCCGUCCACCAGUCAGAGCUGGCUGCAGAGACACAUGCUGACCCACAGCGGAGACAAGCCAUUCAAGUGUGUGGUCGGAGGCUGCAACGCCACGUUUGCCUCUCAGGGGGGGCUGGCCCGUCACGUCCCCACUCACUUCAGCUCCCAGGGUUCCUCCAAAGUGUCCAAUCAGGGCAAAGUGAAGGAGGAGUCUCCAUCCAAGGCCGGCCUCAACAAGAGGAAGAAACUCAAGAACAAACACAGACGCUCCCUCCAAAGUCCUGAAGAGUAUUUCUCCAAACGUCCAGCUGCACUCGCCCGACCUCAUGACUUCUUUGAUGCUCAGACUAUGGACGCCAUUCGCCAUCGAGCCAUCUGCCUCAACCUGGCAACACAUAUUGAGAGCCUGGGCAACGGACAUAGUGUGGUCUUCCACAGCACGGUAAUAGCCAGAAGGAAAGAGGACUCUGGGAAAGUGAAGGUCUUGUUACACUGGACACCAGAAGACAUACUGCCAGAUGUGUGGGUGAAUGAGAGCGACAGACUGCAGCAGAAGACCCAGGUGGUUCAUCUGUCCAAGCUACCCACAGACACAGCUGUGCUCCUGGACCCCAACAUCUACAGGAUGUUCUUCUAACCACCUCCAGAGGAACUCCACAGUCACUUCCUGCUAAGCAGACCACAAGACGAAAUUGUCUCCUCUUCAUCUCCAUAUCUUCGCUCCUCUUCUUCCCUCCCAGAGGAUGCUGAGAGUUUAGUGACCUCUUUGUCAUGUCCAUCGGAGUCCACCAGGGUUUUCUGCAUUAGGUGCUGAGUUUGCAGAGGGCAUCUAGGAGAAGAUGUUGCUUGUUUUAGGUAACUCAACUAGACUGAAAGCUAACUGACAGAAGUGUAACUAGACACAUGUAGAGAGAAGCUGUCUUUGUAAAUACUUGAGAUUUGUAAUAUAUUUUUAUACUUUUCAUUUUUACUGUACUGUAGAUAGAUGUGUUUUUUUUCUGCCAAACAUUUUAAAUAAUGUUUUUUUUUUAAACCGAUAAUAUUGGUUAUGUGCUGGCAUUGCUUGGUCUGAUGUCAUUAAACUUUUUUCUAACCUCCA